AUGCAUCGCAACCGAGAUGACGACGAACUAGAGGAGGUUCACAUCGAGGAGGUUUCUCCUCGUCUUUACUCUCGCAGAGAAGGCAGGCGAAGAUAUAGCGAGGGAGAACGAUACAGGCCCUCCUACGAGGAAUACUGGGGAUCCCGUCGGGAGAGAGAAAGAUACAGACCAUCCUACGAGGAAUACGGUGGUGAGAGAGGGAGAUACGGGCCAUCCUACGAGGCAUACCUUGGGGAGAGACGCCGUGAGACCCCCCGCGUCUGGAAGAUCAGCAGCAGCGACAGGAACUUCUGGUUCAAGCCUGGCUACAACGACCGGUGGGACAGGAGACACAGAGAGCCAGAUCAUUCGUCUCCAGUCGUGCGAGCCCUCGACCGCGCAGCGCUGGCCGUUCAUGUCACAUAUGACGACCUCCGGGUAUGGAACCGGCUCUAUGGCCCCGUCGGGGCAGCUGCUGUGGCGUCGGUCGCGAAGAAGUCGAUCUGGAUGCUGCAAAGCGAGGUGCUGGCUUCUUUGUUUGAUGAAGUUCCUGAGGAGGCGUUCAUCUCACGUUCGGUUGGCACUGCGUUUGGUGGCAGCUGGCGGAAAGGCAUACGGCGGUCACUGCGGAGACGAGCCAGUAUUCCUCGCAUCAGGCGAAGACGACGGCCAACGAUAUCGCCAAUUUCUCCUUCACCCUUACUUGAAGACCCGUGCGAAUGUAAAACGCCCGGUGACGAGUUCAAGAGCGCGGUCCAGGACGCCAGCGCCCGGAUCGAGACUUCGGGUGGAAUCAUUGCCGCCGUCGCAAUGGCCGCGCUCGCCCUGACGAAUGUAUCGCGAACACACUGGGUGGUGCAAUCCUGCUGGACCUCGAGCAUGGUCACUGCCGUGCUGGCUGUCUAUCUCGCGGACGACCACGCCUGGACCAUCAGCCGCCUGGUGUCGGACCAGGAAUUACGCGCCUGGAUCAAGGAUAUGGAUCCCCGGGUUGAGGACGAGUUUGUCGAGCGACUGACUUAUGCUGGCAAGAGCGAAGCCGACGAGCUGGAUGCAGAUAUCCUGCUACGCAACCUGGCCCCGGCACCAUCCUCGGUUGUGUUGACCUCAGCGCCCUCGCUUCUUCUGUCGUCGGCUCUGCUCUUACUUCUCGGUGGGAUGGCUGUUUUUCUGGCGUUUGUGUGGACGGAAACCCUGGAUGUUGAGAUCGGCCAGGCUGGGAGUAGGAACAUCCUCAUCACCUAUGUCACCACCAUCAGCGUUGCGCUUUUCACGGUCGGAUUCUUCCGACUUCAACGGGUUUCGGUUCCUGUUCGUCAGUCCAUCAGGAGAGGGAUGAGUGUCUUCUCUUUUGAGCCGCGACGGAAGGUUCGAAGGCGAGGGAAGCGAUGA